UGUGUUUUGGAGAAGAACGGAAGAUGGCGACCUCAAACAAUCCGCGCAAAUUCAGCGAGAAGAUCGCCCUGCACAACCAGAAGCAGGCGGAGGAGACCGCGGCGUUUGAGGAGGUCAUGAAGGACCUAAGCAUCACGCGAGCUGCGCGGCUGCAGUUGCAGAAGACCCAGUAUUUGCAACUAAGCCAGAAUCGAGCUCAGUGCUAUGGAGGGUCACUGCCCAAUGUCAAUCAGAUUGGAAAUAGCAACACUGACCUCCCUUUUCAGAUUAUUUUUCAGACGACAGUUCUGGACACCAGUCGGACAACCCGGCAUCACGGCCUGGUGGACCGUGUGUACCGUGACAGAAAUCGCAUCGCUUCUCCGCAUCGCAGGCCUCUCUCCGUGGACAAGCAUGGACGUCAGAUUGACAGCUGCCCAUAUGGCUCAGUAUAUCUGUCUCCACCUCCUGACACAAGCUGGAGGAGGACAAACUCUGACUCAGCUCUACACCAGAGUGCUGUGACUCCACAGGACACUUUUGUCGGUGGAUCUCAGGAACUGCAGUCAAAAGGAGUUAAAACAUUGCUGUUGCUCACCCCUCCAGACACAGAAGACACCGAAACAGAGAUGGAGAAAGAUGAGCCAAAAGGAUCUCUACACUCAGAGUCACAUGAUGUUCCUGGAAUUAACAUAUUUCCAUCUCCUGAUCAAGAAAUGAACAGCUCUCUGAUGCCAGCGGCUCACAGCACAGGUGGCUCUUUACCCGAUCUGUCAAACAUCCAGUUUCCAUCCCCUCUUCCCACCCCGCUGGAUCCAGAUGAUCCCAUUACCUUCCCCACAUCCAGCCCCAGCACUACCAAUAACCUGACAACAAACCUGACACAUUUGGGCAUCAGCGCAGCCAGUCACGUUGCUCCAAACCCUCCCGCCCAGCACACCGGACCCUCGCCCAAUAUCAACCAACAGCAGCAAUCCGCUCCCACCCUCCAACCUGCGGUCUCAUCUCAAAUACCCAUCGCACAGCCGAUGGCGAUGGACAGCCUGACAUUAGAGCAGCAGUUAUCUCAAUACUCGCUGUUGAGUUUACUGAACGAUCUGCAGAAACAGCCACACAUGCUCCCACAAAACAUCCGUCUCAUACGACUUCCGCCUCUCACUGUAAGCUCCACCCCCAACACCACCCAAAACUCUCUCGACAGCCAAUCACAGAUGGUCACGAGCGGAACCGCCAACUCGUUCACUCAACAGUAUCGCAGUCAGACCGGCUCUUCAGCCAAUCAAUCACCCACAUCUCCAGUAUCCAAUCAGGGCUUCUCACCUGGAGGCUCACCACAACACAUGCCUGUCGUUGGCAGCAUCUUUGGAGAUUCGUUCUAUGAUCAGCAGCUGUCAUCCAAACAGACCACUGCCCUCUCUAACCAGUUGGAGCAGUUCAAUAUGAAUAUGAUGGAAAAUCCAGGCAGCUCCAGUCACUGUUCGACACUGAACUACACGCAAGCAGCCAUGAUGGGCUUAACUGGAACCCACAGCAGUCAGCCGGACUCACAGCAGCUGAGCUACAGUAGCCAUGGCAACAUUCCCAACAUCAUCCUCACAGUGACGGGAGAGUCUCCGCCAAGUCUCUCCAAGGAGCUCAGCAGCUCAUUGGCCAGCGUUGGCGAUGUCAGCUUUGACGCAGACUCUCAGUUCCCAUUGGAUGAGUUGAAGAUAGACCCCCUUACUCUGGACGGACUGCAUAUGCUCAACGACCCAGACAUGGUUCUCGCCGACCCGGCCACUGAGGACACGUUCCGCAUGGAUCGACUGUGAAUCUGUGAAUGCGAUUUUAGCAAGACAUUCAGCUGCAUGGCCUCUCUGUUCACCAUCUGGUCAGUGGCCAUCCCCCCAACCACCCACAUGACGGCAUGCUGGCGAACCGCUCGUGACCGGAGGCUGAUGGUGGGGGUUUGGGGGGUGAGUGGAGGUGGAAUUGCUGUAUCCACACUGGAUAGUUUCCAAUGCGCAAUACUGUCCACCAUCCACUUUCUUUUUGUAGUCAUCGUUUUGCAUUUUGUUGUCUAGUGUUUGUUUGUUUAUUGUUUUGACUCUGGAGGAAUAUAGCUUUUAUUUGAUGGGUCAUAACAUUUAAGUAUCGUUUUAUUUGUUUGUUUUCAUUGAAAUGCCAAAAUAUCUGUUUUUAAUGUUUACAUAAUUAUGCCAUAUGUCCUUUAAUAAUGAUCUGUGUAUGUGUUAAGUCAACAUAUUUAUUCAUAUUUUGUAUUAAUUAUAAUACUUUUUAUUCAUGUUUAUGUAAUGUUAAGGAGCACUACUCCCCCAGAUUGUGUUUCAAGGGUUUAAGGGAGGUUGCUCAACAUGUAGUGGAAGAGUUAAAAAUUGCUUUAACAAAAUGGCUUCCAUAAUAUUUCAUUUUGCUAGCAUUUUAUAACAUUCAAACAUGACGAUCUGUUAUUAUUCUUGUUUGUAUAUUCCAAUAUUCUCCAGUGAUUCCUUACAGAAGGACAGCAGACUCUGGAGGUUUUGUGUACGUGGGACAUCUUGUAUCUUAUGCAUAUGUUUUGUUCGAUGUUAUCGCUGUAUUGUUCGCUUCACAGGUGGUCGGUAAAUGUGACCCAAGAGCUGCUGCAGUAACCUGCUAAACACUUCACUGUGAGAGGACCUGAUUUUGCCUUAUAUAAAAACAAAAUGCUGUUUUUAACCGUCAAUGUGUUUUCUAACGUCUCAGAAACGAUUUUCUCUCGUGUCUGUUUCUAGUUCGGCUGUGGUAUUCUUGUUUUGACUAUGCCAUUUUGUUCGGUAUUCUGUAUGGUUUGUAUUUGUACUGCCACAAAAAACGUCAACUUGAGGUUCUGUUGUAAAGAUAAUGUCAAUCUAAUGGCUUGGGGUGAGUAAUGCUCCUUAUUCUCUGUGCUGUUAUGGGAAGUUUUGUGUUUGUUAUUUUUUAAGGGUAUGUUCGAGCCCUGCUGCACAUUGAUCAAAUUAUAUUUUAUUUUUUGUGUGUGCUGUACGAAAGGUAUUAAGGAAUCACUCAUUUGUAAUUCAGCAUUGUGGUGUACAGUCUGGUGCAAAAGUCUGAGAUCACAUGAAAAUGAAUGACCAAUGUAACAAAAGGUCCGAUUUCCUUCCUUCCAUUGAAGCACACAAGAUGAUUUAUGGAACAGUAUGAGAUAAUCAUUAUCAGGUUUAUCACAAACUUGUGGAGUCUAUGCCAGCUUAAAGGGAUAGUUCACCCCAAUUUUAUUUAUUUUUUUAUGUUUUUUUACUUCUAUAGUACGUUUUCUACUGUACUAUAAAAAGUCAAUGGUGCUCCAAAACAGCUUGAUUACAAAUAUUUUUCAAAAUAUCUUCCUUUGUGUUUAAAAAAUUGCAGGUUUGGUCAACUAGAGGGUGCACUGCAGAAAAUUACUUUCUUACUAAGUAUUUUUGUCUUGUUUUCAGUACAAAUAUCUAUAUCGAUUUAUUUUCUUGAUGAAAAAAAUGACCUAAGAAAAUAAGUCUAGUUUUUAGGCAAACAAAUAUCAAAUUUAAGUGAAUUUGUGCUUAAAACAAACAAAAACAAUCUGCCAAUGGGGUAAGAAAAUUUUGAUUGAAUUUUUUUAACGUAUUUAAGAAAAAGGUUGGCAGAUUUUUUCUUAAAAAAUUUUAAGCACAAAUUUACUUAAAGGAACAGUAUGUAAGAAAUGUAUUAAUCAUUAAUCAUAAAAUGGCCCUGAUAUGUCACUAGACAUUAAGAAAUCAUUUUCAUUUCAAAUACUUAUAUCACUCACAACAGUGGUCUGGCCAGGAUAUUGUCAUUUAAAAAAUGGAGUUGCAGCCCUCAACUGAUGUUUAUGUUGUCAUUUUGUGUAUUGACCACUAGUUGUGUGAUUGCAGUACAAGUUUUAGCCACAAGUUUUGUGAUUGCAAUGCCAGUUUUGGCCACAAUCCUACACACUGUUCUUUAAAUUUUAUGAUUUUGUCUAAAAGCUAAACAUAUUUUCUUAUGUAAUUUUGCUUAUCAAGAAAUAUUAUUAUUCUUUUUUAAAUAUUUGUACUGAAAAACAGACAAAAAUACUAAGUAUGUGAGAAAACUUUUUUAGUAUUUUUGUCUUUUUUCAGUAGAAAUAUAUAAAAAUUCUUAAAUUAAGAUGCUUUUUCUUGACGAACAAAAUGACCAAAGUUUUUAGACAAAAAAUUUAAAAUGUAAGUGAUUUUGUGCUUAAAACAAGCAAAUUCACUAACAUUGUUUAUUUUGGUUUAAAAACUAGACUUAUUUUCUUAGGUCAUUUUGCUCAUUAAGAAAAUACAUCUUUAUUUAAGAAUUUUUAGAUAUUUCUACUAAAAACAAGACAAAAAUACUAAGUAAGAAAGUAAUUUUUUGCAGUGUAAGUAAAUGAUGACAGAAUUAUCAAAAAGAUUUUUAGGCAAACUAUCCCUUUGCUGUCAUUAAAGGGUGACAUAUCAAAUGUCAAUUUUUCAAUAAACUCCUGAUUUAAAUUUGUAUACUGUUUAACAACAUUUUUUUUAUUAAAAUAAAAAAGAAUUUGAGGUGGUCUCAGAUUAUGAACCUGACUGUACUGUACUAAAGUGUAUCUUUAAGAAAUGGUGCCACUAUAGAUGAGUAGCCAGGCAAUGUUAAGCCCUUUUCUAAAACUAAUCGCAAUGUUACUUUAUCAAAUUUUUGUAAUUUUGAUUAGGUUUAUUUGGAUAGAUUUGGGGUCAUAAAGGUUAACCUGGGUUCUUCAAAAAAAUUGCUGCAAAAAAUUGCAAAGUCAAAUUUGUGAAUCUAUGCAAACUGAAGGCAUUAGCCAACCAACAAAAUUUCGUUGAAUACGAUUUGUGUACAAAGUUUGGGCCAAGACAUUAGGCACUGGUCAGAUUGUGGAUAUACUGUAACUAGACACAACAAAACUCACUUUAUAUUUCAUAGUCUUAUAGUCUUUCUUCAGUUGUUUUACGUGUUUCUCAACCAUUCAUCUUGAAUAUAGUGUACAUAAAGCAUAUCGCUGGAAUAUCAUGACUGCAUGUCAAAAUGAGAAAAAACCUUUGGAACAAGGUCUUUGUUAGCUUUUUGGUAUGAGGUCUUCAUUAGCUUGGCUGAUUCCAGUAAAAAGUUUUAAUGCAGAUGAAACAAUAUAGACCCCCAAGACAUGGUGCAUGUAUUAUUUAAUGCUAGUGGUGUCAUUUUACGGUUUUCUUUCUGAUAUCCGCGUCUCUGAUCAUGUUUAGAACAAGAAUGUAUUUAUGGGGCUCCAUGUUAUGAUGAGCGCAUUACACCAAAUGACCUGCUUGCUUGACCAAAGCACUACUGUUUAUUUUGGAUCUGAUUUGUUGGUUUUUUUGGUCAUGGUAGCAUUUUUUUCUGUUUAUCACAAUUGUAGCAUGUUUAAUAUCUUCAGUUGGGUCAUUUUUCUGCUUACAUCUCAAAUUUCCAUCUGAAAUUCUAUCAGAAAUCUCCAAGAUACGGCAGCUUUCAAAUUGACGUAUGUGCAUCUCUUCAAAAAAAAUAUUCUUCUGGCUGUCGCUCUUCAGAGCUUCAGCCUUAGCUUUGCUCAUGAAACUUUGACUGUUUAACCUUCUGAGAAUGCAGACUGUUCAACGCUGUACAUGCAUUUUGCCCCGAUGUAUUGUGAAGGUAUCCUUUGUGAACUGUUCUCUGCAUUGCACUGAAAAUUCAGAGGGAAAACUAUUUUGGAAGUGUAUGUGCGACUUCCCAAUGCAAACUGAAAAAAGGGCUCAGUCUGUUUGUUGCUUUACCAUGUUAAACAUUAGGAGAUGCGGGCAGAUCGCAUGUGUUUCUUCGUCAAAUACUCUGUUUUCGAUGCUUAGCAUCUUGCUAACAUAGCAGCAUGCAGCCAAACUGGUUGGGACGUUUUACUGGUACGGUUUUAAUACGGCACUUAUGUGUAUGUUGGAAUUGUUAAUUCAUGUCCAAAUAAUUUUUGUUAAAGCAAACCCCUUUAGCGUAACUUUCCCUUUAAGCCUUAAUAGAACUGUUGAGCAGUUAGUUACCAUGGUUACCAUGUCCUCACCCCUCACCAUUAAGACUAAUAAGGAUGUAGAUGUUUAGCUGGGAUGUAUUUCUUAAUAAACAUAAUGAUAGUGACCCAUAGGGCAUAGCUGAGAAAAAUAACAGCCAUUCCCCAUAACGUAUAGUGUAAGCGUAAACUAAGUGCCAUCUACAUCGAUUUCUUUCUGUAAAGAAUAUAUAUAUUUUAUUUAUUUUGUCAACCUUCAUUUCACUUAAAGCAGGUUUAAUAAGCAUUAAAAGAGGAUGUGAAAAUAAACGUUUUGUGAAAGCGUUAGAAUACAGAAUACACGUACGAUUUUUAUGUGGAGAGCACAAGCAAUGCUCGCUCUUUAUUGGAAUUAAUGGUAUAUUAGGACAUAUCAUUUGUGGUCGUCUAGAGCUUUUAUUGGGUUGGUUCUAUAAAGAUACCCCGUUUUGUAGUCGCUGUGCUGAUGUGGUCAUCUCUUUCUGUGUCUCUUCUGUGGUAACGUAUUGUAGAAGGAGCUGAUUUCGUCUUUGUUGUUUUGCUGGUCCUUUUUCUUUCUUCAGAAAAAUAUGCUAAAUAUGGAUGUGCAUGAUGUCUCAGCUGCAUAUAUCAGAGCCUUCUUGUUAUAUCAUUUAUAUUUUGUAACCUGUAUUUCUGUACGUGUUUUUAAAAUACAUAAAUAUAUUUAAAUUAG